UGCUUUCUUGAGGUCUGACUUUACAGGUUUAUAUGAUUUGAAAUUGAAUAAGACGGUUCCAGUGGUGCUGGAAUGGGGGAUUGCGAACAAUACUGACUAUGGACGCAAGCUUAUCCAGCAGUCGAAGAUUCCUACUUAUCCUUCCAUAUGUAGUACACAAAGUGUUGACAACGGUGAAAUGCUAUUUACACGGUGCUAUUGCCUUUGGGGGCCUGGUGGUAACCCAUAUCUUAUGGAAGGAUGCAGAGGUAACACACUCCAUGCUAUCACGUUCCAUUUUUAUUUAUUUUGUAGAUAAUACGGAAUGUGCUAUCACAUUCCGUAUUUAGGGGCAUCAUACAGUGAAGCGGUUUGUUCAUUUCCAGAUUUUUUUCUGAGAAGAACGCAUUCAUACUGUAUAAUGAUUGCAUACAUGCAUUUCUAUCUUCUUUUUGUUAGUUUUUCUGCCCAAGAUUACACAAAGUGAAUGCACUUUCAAACAAAAUCGAUCAAAUUAUAUUGAUAGUAAUUAACUGGAAUUUCAGGGGAACAGGACAGUCCUUUAGUUACAAGCACAAUAAUUUAGCCAUGGAAUUAACAAUUUAUGUGGAAAUGUGACCUAGCUUUGGUAAUUUUACUCAAGUAGAUUGGUUUCGCUAUUAAUAUAUUUGCUUCUGGUUUCACAACCAUCAGGAGAUGCACCUCAACUGCAAAGUAACUGUGCUGAAACAUGCGGGAACGUCACCAUUCCCUUCCCCUUCGGAAUAAAAGCCGGGUGUUUCUUGGAUGAUUGGUACCAGAUCGAAUGCCAACAAAACAACAGGGUUCCCAUUCUGAAGAAGAUUGGAUUCCGAGUUCUCAACAUUUCACUCCCUGAUGAAGACGUGAAUGGCAUGAUCAACGUUAGUCUUCCUGUGAUUUACUCAAAUGCAAGCUGCGGGGGUGACGGACGUGGUGCAAUGGCAAGCUUAAAAGGAAGUCCAUUUGUCUUCUCCCAGACAAGGAACAUCUUUACAGUAGUCGGUUGCAACACUCUACUGACAGCGAAUGGUAAAGAAUCAGCUGUUUUUGGAUGCCGGUCGAAAUGUGUCGGAGCCAACUUCACCAGUAGCAACUAUGGUGCUUGUUCCGAGAGGGAAGGAUGCUGCCAGAGUUCGCUCCCCUUGAAACUGCAGGGCUUUGGCGUGGAUUUCGAAGAAGAAAGCGGAGAUGAGGGGUGCAAGUACGCUUUCUUGGGGUCUCAUUCAGGUGGUUAUGAUUUGAGAUUGAGUGAUACGGUUCCAGGGGUGUUGGAGUGGGGGAUUGCAAACGAUACCACGUACGCACUUGGCCUUCUCCAGCAAGGAUACUAUCACUCAAAUGAAUCUUUCACCUGUACAAGAUUUAAAAGUUUGAGCAUUGAAGGAGAAGGAAUUAUAUAUAGAUAUAGAAACUCCAGCAUCGACAGUGGUGAAAUACUAUAUGCGCAGUGCCGUUGCCGUAGGGGUAUCAUGGUAAUGCCUAUCUUUUUGGAGAAUGCAAAGGUAACAUAUUUCAUGCUAUCACAUUGGGAAUUUAAGUGCACCAUACAACGAAGUGGCUUGUUCAUUCCCAGAUAUUCCUUUGAGAAGAAUUCAUACACGCUAUUUAAUGAUUAUAUAUAUAUUGGCCCAAGAAUGUACAAAGUGAUGCACUUCUAAACAAAAUUGAACUUAUUAUAUUGAUAAAAAUUUACUGGAAAUAAAGGGGAACAGGACAGUCCUUUUGUUACAAGCACGAUAUUUUAGCCCUGGGAUAAGCAAUUU